AAAUCAUAUCUCAGCUUAUCUCAGAAGCCAACAAAGAGUGAAGAUACAUCAGUUUAAGGAUUUGAGAGAUCUAAUUAAUUUGCUUCCAAAUUCUCUCCCUCCCUCUCUUGAGUGAUCAGCAACUGCUGCAGCAUUUUCUUCUCUUGUCAGAUCUGAAGAAAAGGUUUGUAUAGCAGCUUCAAGGGUUUCAAGAUGAAUGACCUAAUGACCAAAUCCUUUGUCAGCUAUGUGGACCUGAAGAAAGAGGCCAUGAAAGAUCUUGAAGCUGGUCAUGACCCUGAUCUUGAGAUGGGAAAUGUAAGAAGUAGCAUUGACAAAAACCUCAACUUGUUCCUUGAAGAAGCAGAGAACAUCAAGAAAGAGAUGGGGUUAAUCAGAGAAAUCCUGGUCAGUCUACAAGAAGCCAAUGAAGAAAGCAAGUCCUUGCAUAAGACUGAGGCCUUAAAGUCACUGAGAGGCCGGAUCAAUGCUGACAUUGUUACUGUGCAGAAAAAGGCCAGGACAAUCAAGUCUCAGCUCGAGGAGAUGGACCGUGCCAAUGCAGCGAACAGGCGCCUCUCUGGCUACAAGGAAGGAACCCCAAUAUAUAGAACCAGGGUUGCUGUCACAAACGGCUUGCGCAAGAAGUUGAAGGAUCUUAUGAUGGAUUUCCAGGGUUUGAGGCAGAGAAUGAUGACUGAGUACAAGGAAACUGUUGGGAGACGAUACUUUACAGUAACUGGAGAAAACCCAAGUGAGGAAAACAUUGAUAAGAUCAUCUCUGAUGGGAAUGGGGGCGAGGAGUUUUUAGCAAGGGCAAUACAGGAGCAUGGAAGGGGGAAGGUGUUAGAGACUGUGGUGGAGAUACAAGACAGGCACGACGCGGCUAAAGAAAUAGAGAAGAGCUUGUUGGAGCUGCACCAAGUGUUCUUGGACAUGGCAGUGAUGGUGGAGGCACAAGGGGAGCAGCUGGAUAACAUUGAGCACCAUGUUCUGAAUGCUAGCCAUUAUGUCAAGGAUGGUGCCAAGGAGCUCCGGACUGCUAAAGGGUACCAGAGGAACAGCAGGAAAUGGAUGUGCAUAGGAAUUAUACUUCUGCUGUUGAUCAUUCUUGUGAUCAUAAUUCCGAUAGCUACAAGCCUAAGCAGCUCUUGAAUUUUGCAAUGAUGUGGGUGUGUGUGUGGUGCACACUAGCUGCAAUCGUGUUAUUGCUCUUUCUGUUAUCCUUGUUUUUUUUUUC